AAUGUUAAUUUAUGGUAAAUGGAGCAACGAGAAAUUACUCAGUUUGCUUGAAGACAAACUUGUACAACGUGACAAAAUUAAAUCUUUACCUGUGUAUACCAAUGCGCAAUAUGAUGAAUCAUUUAAUAAGUUAAACUUUAUUAUUCACAGUGGAGUAUAUAACGAGUUUGUCUUACUGAAACUAGAAGAAAAAGGUAUGUCGCCACACAGCAUUAUAAAGGCAAUCAAAUACGGUCUCAUUAGUCUCACUUCUGAAGAACUGAAAUAUUUUCAAGAUUUUGGUGUAGAGACAAAAGAUACAUGGAUGGAAAAAAAACUUGAUGACAAACUGAUUUGGAAUCUUAUUGUUACUGGAUUAACUGAAAAUCAAUGCUGGAAUAUCAUUAUGUGCGGGCUAGUAUCUCAGGAUAAAAAUAUAUUGUAUCGACUUUUAUCGAGCGGCAUUGAUGUCCCAGAAAUCUUGAGCUGGACGUGGAAAUCCAAGCCGGUUACACCAACAAUGAUAAGUUUCUUAAAAGAGCUUGGAAUAAAUGAAGAUACUCUUUGUUAUGUAAAAGAGAACGGUAUUGAUGAUGAGGUUGAAAAUAUGCUAAUUGAUCUCGGAUAUAAUGAAUACAAAGAAAAGAAAGUUUUACAAGUAACUGAGGUAUUCCUUUCUAAGUGAUUUUAAAGAAUAUAAAACGUAUUGCAUACACAUAAAAAUAUAUAUA